AUGGAUUCACAAACACGCCCAUCCACUUCCCCCCAACACCAAAACAACCUUAGCAUCCCCAAACAGUUUGUCUGGCCGGAUGAACAUUUAGCACGCGCCCACGAAGAGCUAAACGAGCCGGCGAUCGACCUCGGAAGCUAUUUCGGCGCCGAUCCCAAGGCGGCUAGAAACGCCAUCCGGCUUGUUCGGGCGGCGUGCUUGAGCCACGGGUUUUUCCAAGUGCUCAACCAUGGGGUUGAUGUUGAGCUGAUUAGAGCGGCGCAGGAUUGCGCCGUGGCGUUCUUUAAGCUGCCGGGUGAUGAGAAAAUGAAGGGGGAGAAGAAACGUGGUGGAAUGUGGGGUUACUCGAAUGCCCAUGCCGAGCGUUUCCCGUCGAGGUUGCCGUGGAAAGAGACGUUAACGUUUGGGUUCCAUGAAAGAUGUGGUGAUGCUCCUCUUACUGUUGAGUUCUUCAAAUCUUCGUUUGGACAAAGUUAUGAGCAUGUUGGAUUGGUGUUCCAAAAAUACUGUGAGGCAAUGAAGAAGUUGUCUAUUGUAAUAAUAGAGAUACUAGGAAAGAGCCUAGGGAUUGAUCCCUCAUACUACAAGGGCUACUUUGAAGAGGGAUGCUCCUCCAUUAUGAGAUGCAACUUCUACCCAAGCUGCCAAGACCCAGCCCUAACCCUAGGCACAGGACCCCAUUGCGACCCUAACUCCAUCACAAUCCUUCAUCAAGACCAGGUUGGAGGUCUACAAGUGUUUGUAGACAACAAAUGGAAGUUUGUUAGACCUAGAAAUGGUGCAUUCGUCGUUAAUAUUGGUGACACCUUCCAGGUUUUAUCAAACGGAAUAUACAAGAGCUGCGUGCACCGUGCAGUGGUGAACAAAGAGCAUGACCGUCUGUCCUUGGCUUUCUUCUUGUGCCCCACAGAAGACAAGUCAAUAAGAGCACCUUCAGAUCUUAUCAGCAAAGAGCAGCCUAGAAUGUACCCAGAAUUCACAUGGUCAGAUCUUCUCCAUUUCACUCAACACCAUUACAGAGCUGAUGAUGCUACCCUCCAAAACUUCUGCAACUGGUUCCUAUCUUCCAAUAAUUCUCCAUGA